AUGCGGGCUAUUCAUCUGAAAUCUUUUGAUUAUAGAGUGUUGAACCUUCUUUUGUAUCAGUUGAGAGGAAAGAAGGUUAAUGACUUGCACAUGGAAUUUCUAUCAAUCUCAGAAUUGCUAGUUGAGAUAGCUGACGAUUUGUUUGAUUAUGAGGAUGAUGUACUAGAGAAUAAUUUCAAUAUUCUGCGGAUGUUUGUCCGGAUGUAUGGAGCUUCAGCUCCAACAGCGCUGGCAAAAUAUGUGAGCGAGGCUGAGGAAAAGUAUGACGAACUAUUAAAAGCUUUGGAUCCUCAUUUAUCCUCACUUUACCAAAGGAGAUGUGAAGAGGCCACUAAAGAAGGUGGUAAGGUGUCAGCACAUCGGUUUGGAUCGUGGAGUAUCCCACCUCUGAUACGAGAUGAGGAGUCGUUUCGAGCAUCUGUUAUGUCAAAUAUUCAAACAUGA